UUGGAAGCACAUGCUUGCUUUUUAAUUCUUCCUGAUUUCUGUAUUAUGUUGUGAGGUUUUGAUGGAAAUGGAAAAAGUUGGGUAUAUUCUAGAUAGAUUAACGUUCUGAUUCAUAUUCACAGGGUAAGAGAAAAAGGCUUCCAAAUUUGGUAGCUGAAAUAAGUUUAAAUUUUAAAAUUUAAUAUCCAUUUUUAUUGUAAAUCUAAAACUACUGAACACUUGCCAGGCAGCAGAGUGUAGAAAAAGAGUACCCAAAUGCCAAGUUUAUUCUUCACGGAAGAGCCAUGAGAGGGGCAAAUUUAAGUCUCAACUGUCAACAGAGAUUGAUAUUAGACAGCAGAAAAAUUAAGUAAAUGCAAGUCAGUAUUGAACUAACAAAGCCCUCUCAGACUGAUAAACGGGGAGGAGGUGUUGAUAUAAACUUGGGGACUCUCCCAGAUGCCAUUUUUAGAAAUGGGCAUUAGUGAGACACAAAAGUUAUAGGGUAAGAUUUCACAUGGUUUAGAAUAAAGCCCUAAGCUAUUGACUAUCUCAUACAGCAGUUUUUCCAGUUGCUGCUUGGAACUCACAGAUGGAGGGUGAAAUGCAGGAAGAUGAGAGACUACUGAGUGACUCAUCAACCCUCAUGUACUGAUGCAUAUUUAAUGAUGGGGGAGCUCUUGGUUAUUCGCCUCACAUAGCCUAAAACACUGGAAAAGAACUCAAACAUGAUAAACCUCUUCUCUGAAAUGUAGAUCACUUCAUACCUCUUCAGAUUCUCUUUCUGAAGUUGUGUAUUGGGUAUUUGAAUGUUUUCCCCCCACAUUUAAAACCACCUCAGAACAAUCACUAUAUACUCCUCUUUUUGCAAAUGCCUUUGCACAUAGGAAAGAGUCAAUGAAUUUUCGAUGUCUUUAACUGAAGACAAUGUGAAGAGAAGUUAAAUACAAUGAAGAUUCAAAGAGAACGCUGUUAGAUACCAGAAGAAGCUUCAUGCAAUCAGAUUAAACACUAAAUCUGACAGUGAAGUAUAAGCAUUUCCUUUGCAGAUGAUGUUUUGCCCUUAAUUUCAAUGAGAUACCAUUAACUAAAAUGUUCCUCUGAAGGGCAAUAACACUGCAUAAUUUGGCCUUUGGCUCCACAAUUACAGGGCUCUCAUUAAAAUACAGUUUUCUUCCAGGAAAAAAUUAUCACACCAUCCAAAAAUCUAGCUUGUGUUUAAAUUCCCAAAACCAUGUUUCCUUUCAAGGGCAAUUUUAUCUCCUAAAAUAGAGCAAUACCCAAUACACAAAUGAAACCACUCCAAUUUUUGAAACCUAAUAAAAAGCUGAUCACUGAUUUUCUGUUGUUGACUACAAGUGAAGCAAUGGGUUUUUCCUGUGGAUAUGGAACGGUGCUUUUGGUGGUGCAAAUGCAACCAUUUUUCUGUGACAGGACCAGUGACUCUGACCACAUCUGCACUCAUCUAUAACUACUGAUUUAAUAGUGUUGACUGUGAGCUCCAUGAAUACAAGAAAUACAUGUCUUCAUCUUUGGAUCCCUAGCAUCCAGGCACAGCUGAUAAACAAAAGGUAUUUAAAAAUUACUUGCUGAAUGAAGUAGUGAUGGAUAAAUGAAUAUUUUAAUAUCUCUCUACUGCACUUCCUUUAUUCUCUUCAUCUUCCAGCUGCCAGCACAAUUUGUAUCUUCAAACUGUCUAUGGAAAAUGGAACCACAAUGAGUGGGUUCCUCCUCAUGGGAUUUUCUGAUAAUCAUGAGCUGCAGAUCUUACAUGCUUUGCUUUUCUUGAUGAUGUACCUAUUAGCCUUGGCAGGUAACCUCAUCAUUAUCACUAUCACAACGCUGGACCAACAUCUCCAAUCCCCCAUGUAUUACUUUUUGAAACACCUUUCCCUUCUGGACAUCACCUUCAUUUCUGUCACGGUCCCUCAGUCCAUUCACAAUUCUCUGUUGGACAAUGGCUAUAUUUCCCACAGUCAGUGCAUACUUCAGGUUUUCUUCUUCACAUCUUUGGCCUGGGCUGAGGUGGCCAUUCUCACAGUGAUGUCUUAUGACCGCUAUGUGGCCAUUUGCCUCCCACUGCACUAUGAGGUCACCAUGGGUCCAGGAACCUGUAAGUGGGCUGUGAUGGUUGUUUGGCUAAGUGGAAGCAUCUCUGGAGUCUUGUACACAACUGCCACAUUUUCUAUCACAUUCUGUAGGGCCAAAAUCAUCCACCAGUUCUUCUGUGAUGUCCCUCAGUUGUUGAAGCUCUCCUGCUCCAAUGAUUAUGUUGGAGUGGUUGGAGUGGCUUCUUUCAUGUCUGUGAUGGCAUUCAUCUGUUUCCUUUCCAUUGUCCUCUCUUAUAUCCACAUCUUUUCCACAGUUCUAAAAAUACCCUCUGCUGAGGGCCGCUCCAAAGCCUUCUCCACCUGCAUGCCUCAUCUCUUUGUUGUAUCAUUUUUUCUCUCCACAGGCAUUUUUGAGUUUCUAAAACCAACUUCAGAUUCUCCAAGUGCUUUUGACCUUAUGAUAUCUAUCUUUUAUACAGUAGUGCCUCCAGCACUCAACCCUGUUAUUUACAGCUUGAGGAAUGAGGCCAUGAAGAGAGCUUUAAGAAAGUUACUGUUGGGUGGAGAAUUCAUAAGGAAAAAGAAGUUUUUGCCCUGUUGCUGAUGGAUGUUCAAUAUUAUACACAAGGAACUUUUUAAAAUAAUUAGAAUGCUUUCAAUAUGUAAUGUUGAGGAAAAGCAAUAACUUUUUCCUGUAGAUAAGCCAUGUAAUAUAACAAUUGUCAUGUGGAAAUUCUUCAUAUGAUUUCUUCACCAAUUUUAUCAAUGAAACCUUC